GAGAGUUCAGGGUCGGUACAGGCAGCUGGUGGGGGCAGAGACUCAGCGGCCCAGGUGAGUGUGGUGCAGACGGCGUCCGGAAGCCUCUGCCAGGCUCUGAGAUCCGGGUCGUGUGUUCAGCGAGGGUCCCGCGGCGUGGGUGGGGUGCGACGGGCCAGAGCAGGUGGCCGAGACCCUUGGCCCAGUUGGCUGAGGCUCAAGACCCAGUUGGGAGGGUACCAGGGCGCCGAGAGCAGCGGGUGGCAACGAGAAGGAAAAGCAGGCAGCAAAUCUGAAGUUUGAGGUCGAGCUCCCCGCUGUGAGGCAACGUGGACCUGUGACGUGCCUCAGUUUCUCCGUCUGUUAGGGUGACCCUGUGUGCAGCCACCAUGUCGGACAACGAGGCCACUCAGGGCCCCAGACCCAGCUUGGAGGAGCACAACCAACAGAAUGUUGUACAGCGCGUGGUGGCCUUGCCGCUUGUCCAGGCCACCUGUGCCACCGUCUCCAAUGCUUACAAUGCCACCAAAGACAGACACCCGCUGCUGGGCUCUGCGUGUCGCCUGGCAGAGCACUGUGUGUGCAGCCUGACCACCUGUGCCCUGGACCAUGCCCAGCCACUGCUGGACCAUCUGCAGCCCCAGUUGGCCACAGUGAACGAUUUUGCCUGCAGGGGCCUGGACAAACUAGAAGAGAAGCUGCCCUUUCUCCAGCAGCCUUCAGACACGGUGGUGACCUCGGCCAAGGAUGCGGUGGUCAGCGGGGUCACAGGCGUGGUGGGCCUGGCCAGGCGGGGCCGGCGCUGGAGCGUGGAACUGAAGCGCUCUGUGAGCCACGCUGUGGACGUCGUGCUGGGCAAGUCCGAGGAGUUGGUGGACCACUUCCUGCCCAUGACUGAGGAGGAGCUCGAGGUGCUGGCGGCGGAGGCCCAGGGGCCAGAAGUGGGCUCAGUGGAGGAUCAGAGAAGGCAACAGGGCUACUUUGUGCGUCUGGGCUCUCUGUCGACGAGGAUCCGCCACCUGGCCUAUGAGCACUCUCUGGGGAAACUGAGGCAGAACAAACACCGCACCCAGGAUAUGCUGGCCCAGCUGCAGGAGACACUGGAACUGAUCCACAGCAUACAAAGUGGAAUGAGCCCGAUCCCCGCGUCCCAGCCCGGGAAGGUGCACGAGCUGUGGGAGGAUUGGCACCAGCAGCCCCUGGAGAACGGCCGCCGGCACAGCCAGGCGGAGCAGGAGACGCUGGUGCUGUCGCGCAGGCUGACCCUGGAGCUGCAGAGCUCCGUGGAGGCGCUGGAGGCGGGUGUGCGCGGCCUGCCUCCCGGGGCACAGGAGAAAGUGGCCGAGGUGCGGAGCAGCGUGGACGCCCUGCAGGCUGCCUUCGCCGACGCGCGCCGCUUCGGGGACGUCCCCGCCGCCGCGCUGGCUGAGGGCCGGGGUAGAGUGGCGCGCGCGCACGCGAGUGUGGACGAGCUGCUGGAGCUGGUGCUGCAGGCCGUGCCGCUGCCCUGGCUCGUGGGCCCCUUCGCACCCAUCCUGGUGGAGCGAUUCGAGCCCCCGCCAGACCUGGAGGUCCUGGUGGACGAGGUGGUGGGGGUUCCCGACCCGCGCUGGGCCCACAUGGACUGGCCGGCCCAGCAGAGGGCCUGGGAGGCCGAGCACGGUGACGCGGCGGGGCGCCCCGGGGACAGCGGCCCCCAGGAGCCAGAGCCCCCCAGCUCCCUGGUGAGGCACACGCUGAUGCCCGAGCUGGACUUCUGAGAGGCCGGGCUCCGUGCGCCCCCUGGCGCCCACGUGUGAGCACGCAUGGCGAGGGCCUGGCCCUGACAGGAUCAGAGCUGAGAUGGGGCCGAAUUUGGGAUCUCCGGCCACCUCAGUCCCUACCAGGGCCUCCCACUUUUCCCUGGAUCGCGAAGGCCUGGCCUCACGUCUUUUUUUUUUUUUUUGUACUGGGGAUCUAACUGGGGACCUUGCGCUUGGCGGGCAGGCAGCGGAACCACUGAGCUAAAUCCCCAGCCCUCCCCCCUAGUCAUCUGUACCUCUGAGCUGGGGUCUUCAAAGCCUGUGGUCCUCUCCCCAACCUGAAAGGCCAGGCACACGUCUGUCUGCGAGGACAAAGCAGCAGGAUCGCUAUGAGUUCAAGGCCAGCCUGGGCUACAUAGGAAGACCCUAUCUAAAAACAGAAACAAAAACAAACGUGCCCAACCUGGGCAAUUCAGCAACUUAAAGAGACCCUAUCUAGAAAGUAAAAAUAAAAAGGGCCGGGGGAUGUAGCUUAGUGCUAAGGCCCUGAGUUCAAUCCUCAGCACUGGGGAGUGGAAGUGACCAAAACAAACAAACAAAUCCAUAUUGUUCCAUGGCUUCUGUUCGGGGCUUCUUCUUCUUCUUCUUCUUCUUCUUCUUCUUCUUCUUCUUCUUCUUCUUCUUCUUCUUAUUAUUAUUAUUAUUAUUAUUAUUAUUAUUAUUAUUAUUAUUAUUAUUAUUAUUAUUAUUAUUAUUAUUAUUAUUACUUUUUGGGGUUUUUUUGUGUUUGUUCCCCAAUCUGGUCUUGAACUUGCAGUGAUCCUCCUGCCUCAGCCUCUCGAGUGCUGGGAUGAUGGGCAUGCACCACCACACCUGGCUUGUUUGGAGCUUUGAACAGUGAGUCCCCACACAACCCCAGACCAGAUGUCCUUAACUGAGGGUCCCCCAGAGAUGCCCGGCUGUGCCCACUCAGCCAACUGGGGCCUCUUGCUAUGUUUGCUCUUGAGAAUAAACAUGUUUUGUGUUAUCCAA